AUGAAUUGUUUAUUUCUAUCGUUAUUAGGUAUAUCUGGCAACUUGCAGUGGAAUACAACUGGAAUCACUGUAUUAGAUACAUCACAAAUAAUAUCUGCCAGAGGCGUAUAUAUUGACUCAAAUAAUACUUUGUAUGUUGCAGAUACUGCUGUCAUAUGGAGAUUAUUAAAUAAUGCGACAAAUGCGACGAUUGUAGCUGGAAUUCUUCAAUCGACUGGAUCGAACAGUAGUCAGCUGAAUACUACUCAAGAUGUCUAUGUUGAUAGAUAUGGUAACAUGUAUGUAACUGAUUACUUCAAUAAUCGCGUACAAAAAUUUAUCAACCGAUCAACCGAUGCAAUCACUACUGCUGGUAUAAAUUUACCAGUAGGAUCUGCAUUGAAUCAACUUUAUAGGCCAACAUGUUUUACUUUUGAUUCAACAGAGACAUAUUUCUAUGUUGUUGAUUAUGGCAAUAAUCGUGUUAUGCGAUAUUUAAUAAAUUCGAGUACAGGUGAUAAUGGAACUCUUGUAGCUGGUCGUAAUGGGACAGACAAUACAAACAUAUCAUUGAAUGGACCUAGUGGUAUUCAUCAUGUAUCAUCUAUCAAUAACGAUUUAUUUAUAACAAACUAUGGCGGACAUUCAGUGCUGCGUUGGACACCUGGCGCUUCUUCGGGUACUUUCGUCGCUGGUCAGCCUGGCGUCGCAGGUUCUAAUUCUACAUUAUUAAAUCAACCAAGAGGUAUUAAAAUUGACAAUUAUUUAAACAUGUUUGUUGUUGAUAGUGGCAAUCAUAGAAUACAAUUGUUCUGUGUGAAUAAUCAAACUGCUACAACGAUUGCAGGCAAUGGUAUUGCGGGUAAUAGUACAAUGCAAUUAAAUGGACCAAGAAGCAUAGCAUUCGAUACAAACAUGAAUAUGUAUGUUGCCGAUACUCUUAAUGGACGUGUUCAGAAAUUUCUCAAACUUUGA